AAGAAAAAGCAUGGCUUCCAACAUGGUGAACCCUGCUAACCAUUUGCCAUACUUCUUUGGCAAUAUUACACGUGAAGAAGCUGAGGAGUAUCUGAUGCAAGGAGGAGUGAGUGAUGGGCUAUACUUGCUGCGCCAAAGCCGGAAUUACUUGGGGGGUUUUGCUUUAUCCUUGGCCUAUGGAAGGAAGGUUCAUCAUUAUACAAUUGAGAGGGAGCUGAGUGGCUCAUAUGCUAUUGCAGGAGGCAAGUCUCAUGCUAUUAACUAUCACUCAGAGGAAGCAGAUGGCCUUAUAUGUCUCCUGAGAAGACCUUUCAACCGACCACCAGGUGUUGAACCCAAAACAGGACCCUUUGAAGAUUUAAAAGAGAACCUCAUCAGAGAGUAUGUCAAACAAACUUGGAAUUUGCAGGGGCAUGCUCUUGAACAAGCUAUCAUUAGUCAAAAGCCUCAGCUGGAAAAGCUGAUUGCCACUACCGCCCAUGAGAAGAUGCCAUGGUUUCAUGGGAGGAUCUCUCGGGAGGAGUCAGAACACCGUAUCCUCAUUGGGUCAAGAAACAAUGGAAAAUUUCUUAUCCGAGAAAGGGACAGCAAUGGUUCCUAUGCCCUAUGUCUGCUGAAUGAUGGAAAAGUACUGCAUUACCGUAUUGACAGAGAUAAGACAGGAAAGCUCUCCAUCCCAGAUGGAAAAAGAUUUGACACCCUCUGGCAGUUAGUUGAGCAUUAUUCAUACAAACCAGAUGGAUUACUAAGGGUUCUUACCGUUCCUUGUCCACGACUGGGCUCAGAAAACGAUCAUGUUGUUUUUAACACUCGUCCUCCUCUUCCUGGAACACCUUCUAAGUUUCAGCCAACUAUUUGCCACCCAUCUGAUGAAGCACCUUUUAAUCCUUAUGUGCUACAAAGGAAGAGAGGUCUUAUGGGAGCAGAAAAAGGGGAUCAGAGGGAGGCCUUACCCAUGGAUACUGAGGUGUAUGAAAGUCCAUAUGCUGAUCCAGAUGAAAUGAAACCAAAAAAUGUCACUCUUGACAGGAAAUUGCUGACCUUGGAAGAAGGAGAACUUGGCUCUGGCAAUUUUGGUACUGUAAAGAAAGGUUUCUAUAAGAUGAAAAAGGGUGCCAAGCCAGUGGCUGUGAAAAUCCUUAAGAAUGAGAGUAAUGAUCCAGCUGUAAAGGAUGAAUUACUGAGAGAAGCAAAUGUAAUGCAGCAACUGGAUAACCCGUACAUUGUCCGAAUGAUAGGCAUAUGUGAAGCUGAGGCCUGGAUGUUAGUAAUGGAAAUGGCCGAACUUGGGCCACUGAACAAAUUUUUGCAAAAAAAUAGACAUGUCACAGAGAAGAAUAUAACAGAGCUGGUACAUCAGGUUUCCAUGGGGAUGAAAUACCUGGAGGAGAAUAACUUUGUUCAUAGGGAUCUGGCUGCAAGGAACGUGUUAUUAGUCACCCAACAUUAUGCCAAAAUUAGUGACUUCGGACUUUCUAAAGCUCUUAGCGCUGAUGAAAAUUAUUAUAAGGCACAGAGUCAUGGAAAGUGGCCAGUCAAGUGGUAUGCUCCAGAAUGCAUGAAUUUCUACAAAUUUUCUAGCAAAAGUGAUGUCUGGAGCUUUGGGGUUUUAAUGUGGGAAGCUUUCUCUUAUGGGCAAAAACCAUAUAAGGGAAUGAAAGGUGGUGAAGUUGCACAGAUGAUUGAAAGAGGAGAACGAAUGGAAUGUCCUGAAGUCUGUCCAACAGAAGUCUAUGAUCUAAUGAAAUUGUGUUGGACAUACAACGUUGAUGACCGACCCGGAUUCGUUGCAGUUGAGCUGAGGUUACGUAACUACUAUUAUGACAUUUCCCACUAACAGCAUGAAGAACAGCAGCUUCCUUGCCUCCAGCCAGCACGCUAAAGGAAGCAGUUCAGUUUCCAAAACCAAGCGACUUUGAAUUUUGUACUGCCUCUUUCAUCAUGCAAAGCUC